GACUCGAAGUGGACUUCCGGGUCACGGCGGAGCGGGCUCUCACGUGGAGGCGGGGAAAUUUCGCCCACCGAGUGAAUGCAUUUGGUCGCAGAGCUAAAGAGGAGGAUGCUAUACUUUUCUAAAUGGCAAGGGAUGGGGAGAGAAGGGGAUUAAGAGUUGACGCGCAACCUCCCGGUGGAUUCUUUGUUCUUACCAGAUCUCUUGGCCACUCCCCUAUUCUGAAGUCGUCUUGGCUCUCUUGACUGCUCCCCUAUUCUGAAGUCAUCUUGGCUCUCUUGACCACUCCCCUAUUCUGAAGUCGUCUUGGCUCUCCUGACUACACUAUUUCAAGGAAUGAUCACCAAGACACACAAAGUAGACCCUGGGCUCCCAGAGAAGAAAAAGAAGAAGAAAGUGGUCAAAGAACCAGAGACUCGAUACUCAGUUUUAAACAAUGAUGAUUACUUCGCUGAUGUUUCUCCUUUAAGAGCCACAUCCCCCUCUAAGAGUGUGGCCCAUGGGCAGGCACCUGAGAUGCCUCUAGUGAAGAAAAAGAAGAAGAAAAAGAAGGGUGUCAGCACCCUUUGCGAGGAGCAUGUAGAACCUGAGACCACGCUGCCUGCCAGACGGACAGAGAAGUCACCCAGCCUCAGGAAGCAGGUGCUUGGCCACUUGGAGUUCCUCAGUGGGGAAAAGAAAAAUAAGAAGUCACCUCUAGCCAUGUCCCAUGCCUCUGGGGUGAAAACCUCCCCAGACCCUAGACAGGGUGAGGAGGAAACCAGAGUUGGCAAGAAGCUCAAAAAACACAAGAAGGAAAAAAAGGGGGCCCAGGACCCCACAGCCUUCUCAGUCCAGGACCCUUGGUUCUGUGAGACCAGGGAGGCCAGGGAUGUUGGGGACACUUGCUCAGUGGGGAAGAAGGAUGAGGAACAGGCAGCCUUGGGGCAGAAACGGAAGCGGAAGAGCCCCAGAGAACACAAUGGGAAGAUGAAGAAGAAAAAAAAAAUCCACCAGGAGGGAGACGCCCUCCCAGGCCACUCCAAGCCCUCCAGGUCCAUGGAGAGCAGCCCUAGGAAAGGAAGUAAAAAGAAGCCAGUCAAAGUUGAGGCUCCGGAAUACAUCCCUAUAAGUGAUGACCCUAAGGCCUCCGCAAAGAAAAAGAUGAAGUCCAAAAAGAAGGUAGAGCAGCCAGUCAUCGAGGAGCCAGCUCUGAAAAGGAAGAAAAAGAAGAAGAGGAAAGAGAGUGGGGUAGCAGGAGACCCUUGGAAGGAGGAAACAGACACAGACUUAGAGGUGGUGUUGGAAAAAAAAGGCAACAUGGAUGAGGCGCACAUAGACCAGGUGAGGCGAAAGGCCUUGCAAGAAGAGAUCGAUCGCGAAUCAGGCAAAACGGAAGCUUCUGAAACCAGGAAGUGGACGGGAACCCAGUUUGGCCAGUGGGAUACUGCUGGUUUUGAGAACGAGGACCAGAAACUGAAAUUUCUCAGACUUAUGGGUGGCUUCAAAAACCUGUCCCCUUCGUUCAGCCGCCCCGCCAGCACGAUUGCAAGGCCCAACAUGGCCCUCAGCAAGAGGGCGGCUGACAGCCUGCAGCAGAAUCUGCAGCGGGACUACGACCGGGCCAUGAGAUGGAAGUACAGCCGGGGAGCUGGCCUCGGCUUCUCCACCGCCCCCAACAAGAUCUUUUACAUUGACAGGAACGCUUCCAAGUCAGUCAAGCUGGAAGAUUAAACUCUAGAGUUUUGUCCCCCCAAAACUGCCACAAUUGCUUUGAUUAUUCCAUCUAUGCUGGAGAUUACAAAUUUUUUUUGUGAAAAAAUCAGAUCUUGGUGAUGACCUCGAGCAGUAAGAUAUAAAUAACUCCCAUAAGCUUAGCGUUCCAGUAAUGGAACACUAGGCAUAAAUGGUUUAUUCAGUUGUGCAAAUGAAAGCCAUCUGACAGUUGGCUCACAUUGAACACCUGUGGAAAUUAAGGACGAGGACAACUAUAUUGAUGGGCUUGGAUGAACUGGGGCGGGGCAGCUCAUGUUUCGGGAGCCAGGAGAACGAGUGAGUGCUAAAACCUCCUGUUUUCUGUGUUAAACAUUCCGUCCCUGUUUGAGACAUCAGUAUGUACAGUUAACCUUUGUUGAGUGUUUAGCAGGUGCUAGGGACAUACUAGUGUUUUCCUUAAUGUAUUUAAUCUUCAUAAUUAUGAAAUGGGUGCUAUUAUUAGCCCCAUCUUAUAGAUGAGGCAACUGAGGUUCAGGGAUAAAGUAAUAAAAUUGCCUGGGGUCACCCAGCCACUAAGUGCAGGGUGUUGUACUUUUGUACCCGAAGCCCUAAGUUCACUAUUCGCCACUCUGAAUGUCCCCUUUAGGGAAUUUCCACCAGAAUCCUCGUUGGGGAUUGAAAUGUCUUUAGAUGGAGGAAAAAGUUUUAUGACAAGUCUGCAUCUCUGAUAAAAAGUGGAGUGAAUGAGGAACGGAGAAUCACAAGCUCCUUUUCCUUCCUUUUCCUUUCCCCUGUCAUAGAGCAGCUGUAGGCAGAGAGGUGUCUGAGUUGUUACCAAACACAUGUGACUGAGCUGCUGCUGCUGGGAAAUGUGCCUCUAAACCAGUCCUGCCUUUUCCACUGGUGUCCCUUCGGCCCUAAGUGCUGAGGUAGGAUUUUUGUGCUUUGACUGGAUUCUGAACAAGGCAUUUUAGGAAGAGUGGUUAGUCCCGCAAAUGAACCAAUGGCAGAUCCCAGGGACGUAUGUGUGUGUUUUGAGAUAGGGUCUCACUCUGUCACCCAGGCUGGAGUGUAGUGGCAUAUCACGGCUUAUUGCAACCACUACCUAUCCAGCUUAAGUGAUCCUCCCACCUCAGCCUCCCAAGUAGCUGGGACUGUGGGUGUGCACCACAACAACCAGCUAGUGUUUAAAAUUUUUUGUAGAGACGGGGUCUCACUAUAUUGUCCAGGCUAGUCCCAAACUCCUGGACUCAACUCAUGCUCCUGCCUCAGCCCCCCAGAGCUGGGAUCACAGGUGUGAGCCACUGUGCCCAGCCCCAGGGAUGUGUCUGAUGAGAUUCUUUUUUAUCACAAGGAAGAGAAUCCCAGGUGACUUCUGUAGGUGGAUAUUGAAUGCCAGGAGGAGAUGAACGUGUGGAGAUGACACGGGAAGUUGCCUCAUCGGCUGUGGGGACAGCGUUUCCAAGCCUGGACUCUACAGCAAGCCUCAAAGAGCUCCAGGUCCAGUGGCCCAAGUCUCAUGUGACCAUCUGUGACCACCUUCUUUCCACUCACCUAGCUUUUUGCAUCCCAAAAUACAGGUUCUGACUGGGACAUUUUCACGAUUAUUUGGCCUGAACAUGCCUCCUACAGACAUCCCAGCCCAGGCAGGCCUUGAUGGCCAGAAAGUUCAGUCUCACGUGGCAGGAAGGCCUGAUUAGGGCCUGGUUCAACAGCUCACCAAGGAAGCAUUCUCUCCAUCAUCCCCAGUGUUGGCUUCAUCAAGGCUAGUACAAAGAUGGCAGUAACAGUUCCAGGCAGCAUAUCAAGACCCUAGAACAUUCCAGAGGAAGAAAAGCCUUUUUGUGUCUCAAGGAAACUUCCAGAAGCCUCCAUUGCUGGGCAAUGAAUCAUCUGCCCAUAGCUGCACCCGCCCCUGUCAUGGGAAGGCUGGUGAUUCCCUUCAGUCAAGAAGAGUGGAUGCUGGUGAAGUGGCCAUGGUGUCCACAGCUGCCCAUUGGGCAGAGGUGAGGCAGGCACUUUAGGUGGUUUCCCUGGCUCUGAACCCUGAUCCGCAAGCAUUGGCCAGGUCAAUAGUUGGACAAGUAUGUGCUACAAGGACUUACUUGGGCCACUUCCCUCAGGACGUGAACUUGGCCUGCCUUUCUUUCCUGGAUUCAACCUUGAGAUACAUAAUGGGAGAGGCCGUGGAAAGCCCAAGAGGCAGUGUUCUGGAUUUGAGUGAGUGCCUUCUGGGCACCUCCUCCUUUGAUGGAGAAACAAAUCCCUCCUGACCUUGAGCAACACUACAGGAAUGUGCCUGGUGUAAACAGGAACCAGCCGUUUCUUUUUUUUUUUGAGAUGGAGUCUCACGGUCGCCCAGGCUGGAGUGUGGUGGCGUGAUCUCGGCUCAUUGUAACCUCUGCUUCCUGGGUUCAAGUGAUUCUUGUGCCUCAGUCUCCUGAGUAGCUGGAAUCAGCCGUUUACUACUCAUAGUUUUUAUCUUGCCAAGAGGUCACCCUGACGUUGGCCUGCUUUGCUCUGCUAAAAAGGUUGUGCUCUGCCAGGUGCGGUGGCUCACACCUGUAAUCCCAGCACUUUGGGAGGCCAAGGUGGGCGGAUCACGAGGUCAAGAGUUCGAGACCAGCCUGACCAACAUGGUGAAACCCUGUCUCUACUAAAAAUACAAAAAUUAGCUGGGUGGGUGUGGUGUCACGGGCUUGUAAUCCCGGCUACUCAGGAGGCUGAGGCAGGAGAAUCGCUUGAACCCAGGAGGUGGAGGUUGUAGUGAGCUGGGAUGGCGCCACUGCACACUCUAGCCCCGGGCAACAGAAUGAGACUCCGUCUCAAAAACAAAAAACUGUCUUUGGGUGAUUGUGGAGAGGUGAUCAUAUGUCCGCUGUGUUGCUCCCAUCCAAGCCCUGGUGACUGGUAGCUCUCAUGAGGGUGUGAUGGUCAGGCCUUGCCCCUGGUGUAAAUUCUGUCUGUAAUAGGGUGUGACUUUCUAACUCAACAUCACCACUGGCUUAGGAGUUCCAUUUGCACAGGGGGAGCUUUAUUGCUUUUCUAUACACAUAAGAACUUCACGUCUCACCAGUGGAGGUUGGGCAGCCAAGACACCACAAUGCUGGGUGUCUUCAGAAUGGACUUAAUCUUGUCCUUUUGCUUUCUGCCAGUGCAGAUCGCCAUCUCUCAGAUGAGCAGGACCCCACCCUCUGGCAGUCUUGUCUUGGGAGAAUCACUCUGAGCUCCCAUCCUUUGUAAAUUAACAUUGGUUUGAGCACCACCCUCCAUCACGGCUGCAGUGAGCCAUGAUUGCACCACUGUGUUCCAGCCUGGGUGACAGAGCAAGACCCCAUCUCAAAAAAAAAAAAAUAA